GGAACUCUAAAAUGUUGGAUUUCUGAAGCUGGAGCCGGUCAAGGUGGGGGCAUUGAGCAGACAAAUUUAUUGUAGAAAGAUUUGUCUUUGGCCACUCAGAAGAGGAAUUCUUCUCGUCGUAGUCUACCCAGAUAAUGAAUGAGUAGACAUGGUAUCGUUAAACAAAUUGUUGGUGACCUCUCUUUCGUCAACUCCUCACCCUUCGCAAAACUCUUGGAUUCAUGUGUCAAAUCCCACUCUGCCCGCGAUACAAGUCGCAUACAUGCACGCAUCAUCAAAACCCACUUUGCCUAUGAAGUGUAUAUACAGAAUAAACUCAUUGAUGCUUAUGGCAAGUGCGAUUGUUUGGAUGAUGCGCGCAAGGUGUUCGAUAAAAUGCCCGAGAAGAACACUUUUACCUGGAACUCCAUUAUGAGCACGUUGAUGAAGUCUGGUUUUCUCGAUGAGGGCGCUUGGUUAUUUGCAUCAAUGCCCGAGCCUGACCAAUGCUCUUGGAAUUCAAUCAUUGCUGGUUUUGCUCAGCAUGAUCGGUUUGAAGAAGCUUUGGAUUUUUUUGUUAGGAUGCAUGGGAAAGGUUUUGUUCUUAAUGAGUAUACGUUUGGUAGUGCUCUUAGUGCUUGUGCAGGGUUAAAGCAUCUGAAAAUGGGUACCCAAAUUCACGGUUUGAUGUUUAAAUCUCAAUUCUCAUUGGAUGUUUAUAUGGGCUCUGCUCUUGUUGACAUAUAUUCUAAAUGUGGGGUUGUGGCUUGUGCUCAAAGGGUUUUUGAUGGGAUGAGAGAGAGGAAUGUUGUUUCUUGGAAUAGCUUGAUUACGUGUUAUGAACAAAAUGGUCCAGCAAGGGAAGCUUUGGAAGUUUUUGAAAGGAUGUUAGAGAGGGGGUUUGAACCAGAUGAGAUUACAUUGGCCAGUGUGGUAAGUGCUUGUGCAAGCUUGGCAGCAAUUAAACAAGGUUUAGAAAUUCAUGCCUGUGUGGUGAAAUGUGAUAAACUUAGGGAUGAUCUUAUAUUAUGUAAUGCAUUGGUUGAUAUGUAUGCAAAAUGCUGUAGGAUUAAUGAAGCUAGAUGUGUUUUUGAUAGAAUGCCAUUUAGGAAUGUGGUGUCUGAAACCUCCAUGGUGAGUGGUUAUGCAAAGGCAGCAAGUGUUAAAGCUGCAAGAUUAGUGUUUGCAAAGAUGAUGGAGAGAAAUGUAGUGUCUUGGAAUGCCCUUAUUGCAGGAUAUACUCAAAAUGGGGAGAAUGAAGAGGCACUUGGACUCUUCUGCAUGUUAAAGAGGGAAGGUAUAUGCCCAACCCACUACACCUUUGGGAACCUAUUGAAUGCCUGUUCAAAUCUUGCUGAUCUGCAGCUUGGAAGACAGGCGCACACUCAUGUUUUGAAGCAUGGAUUUCAGUUUCAAUCCAGGGAAGAUUCUGAUGUUUUUUUAGGGAAUGCUCUCAUAGACAUGUACAUGAAAUGUGGAUCAGUUGAGGAAGGGUGUCGGGUUUUUGAAAAUAUGGUGGAAAGGGAUUAUGUUUCAUGGAAUGCCAUGAUAGUAGGGUAUGCACAAAAUGGUUAUGGGAUGGAGGCCCUUGAAUUAUUUAGGAAAAUGUUGGCAUCCGGAGAGAAACCAGACCAUGUUACUUUAAUUGGUGCUUUAUGUGCUUGUAGCCAUGCAGGGCUUGUAGAAGAGGGUCGACGAUACUUUUCCACAAUGACGGAGGAGUAUGGUGUGGAACCAUUGAAGGACCAUUAUACAUGCAUGGUUGAUUUACUUGGUCGAGCUGGAUGCCUCAAUGAAGCCAAAAAUUUGAUAGAGGCAAUGCCUAUGCAGCCCGAUGCAGUUGUCUGGGGAUCUUUGCUUGCUGCUUGUAAAGUUCAUCACAACAUUACCUUGGGGGAGUACGCUGCAGAGAAGCUAUUAGAAAUUGACUCAACAAACUCUGGACCCUAUGUUCUUCUCUCAAAUAUGUAUGCUGAGCUUGGCAGAUGGAAGGAUGUCAUGAGAGUAAGAAAAUUGAUGAGGCAUCGAAGAGUCAUUAAGCAGCCUGGUUGCAGCUGGAUUGAAAUACUAGGCCAUGUGCACGUUUUCAUGGUGAAAGAUAAGAAACACUGUCGGAGGAACGAGAUCUAUUUGCUUUUGAAAAUUCUUACAGAGCAUAUGAAGAGAGCUGGAUAUGUCCCAGACGUUGGUGAUCAUGAGGCUUACGAGGAACAGACUGACUUAGAGGUGAGCACGUGCUUCCAAAUGGAAAUACCAGAAGAGUUUGCUGUCAUGUAAUUUGUGUGGGAAUGAUUUGGUUCCAAUGUUCUAUUCUUGAUGCUUGUUUUACCAAAGCCUGACCAAUUGUUUUAUUAACUUACCGAUGGGAAAUAAAAGAUCCUCUGCCAUGUUAUGCUCAAAAGUUACACACUUUGAUAAGAGCCAAUAAUGUUUUAUUAGAGGCAAUCUUAUUGUUAUACAUAUGUUGGACAUAUAUGCGACAAGGGAAUGAAUCACUGCCCUUUAGAUGGGGUUAUGCUAUAA